AUGUCUACUGGACUACGGAUCACGGAUCUCCCUGCAGAGAUACGACAACAAAUCUUUUGCGAAUACUUCGCAAUCACAGGCGGUUACGUCUACAAUGGCCAGUCAGAUAAGCUCAGAACGAUUGAAAACACCCCGAUCGACCUCUCUCUCAUCUACACAUGCCGCUCGAUUGCCAAUGACUGCAAGCACCUCCCUCUUGCUGUCAAUACGAUUCAAUUCUCAACUCUCUAUCGUGAGGACUGGCGCAGUUUAGCUGGAUGCUUCAAUCUUGUAGCUACAUAUUAUUAUGUUCUGCAGCAAGACAUCGUGCUACAUCUUGCUCAUCUCAUCACCCCAGAGAUGCACAUGCAAUUGGAGAAGAAGUUUCCCAACUUCCGUUCCAAGCUUGAAAUUGAACGAGCCUUUCACUUUCGCGUCUGGGACACUGGCGAUGAUAACACAUCCCAAGUCCGUUUCCGACCUGCUGCAUGCCAGUUUGUCGAUGAAUUCUUCGAGUGGAAUAUUGACUGCAUUCUACCAAACCAACGAUAUGAGUACGAUGGCUAUGGUCUUGUACAUAAUCGUGUUAGGCACAGCGCAACCUCGACCAGGGACAACUACCGCAGGGUCCCGGGCCUGGUGGACCGUGACUUCCGGCGAUGGGACAAGUACUCUGGGGAAAUUCGCCAGUGUUUGACUCAUUGCCUACAACUCAUCGCAGAGGAGUACCCAGAAGAAUUUGGCGAUCACGUUUUCACGUGCUUACCACAUUGGAGAGGCAAAUACCCUGCACAUGACUUUUUGGGUCUCCGAUUCGAAACCUGGGCUAUCCCUUCACGGUCUCAGGUUGCAAGCGCUAUGGAUCGUCUUGGAAUCCCUGAUUUUGCAUGGAAGCUUUCUGAGACUUGGAUUUACGAAGAGAAUCCCCUCAGCCUUGGCCCACCAGAAUUCGAUGACGAAGAUCCUCCAUUCGAUUUCGAGUUUCGUACACGCGAGAAGAUCAGAUUCUCUGCCGCUUCAUCUGCCAUUCGAUUCAUUGGUCUGCUUUCAACCACUCAAAGGACGUCAAUCCGCACAAUAGUUCUCCUUGAGGACUCUGCGUCUGUGAACGAUAUGUCACUCCACGGUUACGGGUUGGUGCCAUUUUUGAAAGAAAACCCUGCGCUUCAGAUACAACGCCGUAUCAAUAUCAUCAAUACCCUCCACGCUGUUUGUCACGUUGCUACCGCCGUAUGGGAGGUAUUGUACGACACUAUGAAUUGGAGUCUCCAUGACGAAACCCUCAUACCCAAUUUAUCCCGCUGGCUUUUAAACGCUGCCGGUGCGUCUAAUGAAGGUAUUCCUGUUGGGUCGUUGACUUUGCUACUCGAAACGGAUGACAACCCCAAAGUUGGCACAGACAUCUUUCAGCAAAGAGUCCACUAUUGCAUUGCGAGGGAUCAGGCCUGGCCCAAGUGUUUGGAAGAGGGCCUAUUGCAACCUCUUACAGGUAGCCAGGUGGAAGUAUUGCGGGGCAGGUUCACUUUGGAUGAUGAUUUCAAGAAUGCCAUUGUGCAGUUAGUGAACCAAUCAUCAACCGUCUUCCGAUGUGACUUCGACCCGGGGGUACCUCAGGGUUGCGAGGCUUUCGUGAAUGCCGCCAAGGCCAUCAUUCCGGGUGAUAUUUGGGAGUAUUGGAGCUCAACGGAGUGGCUUAACAACUAUAUCAAUUUAGCUAGAACAGAGGAGGAUAAGGACGCGACACUUCGACAGUAUGAUAUUCAGACAAGCCAAGAAUGCAUCCUGUCAUGGGUAUCUAUCGGGGCUCUAUGGGAAACCCAAGACGAUCGGUAG